AGAGACCGGAGAGGUGAAAGGUUCGAUGAUCAACUUCCAAUUUUCCAAACCUAUUUGGUUUGGAAGGUUCGAGGUUGAUCAUCGAAGUGGAUGUGAAAACGAGAGAGGAAAAAGCCAAGUACCUUUUGAAGUGCGACUUCCAGCCUGGCAUGUUUGUGUUUUGGAGAAAGCAAGAUGAGGACGUCCCAGCUGGCCAUGUUGGUAAACUUGGAGAGGUGGACAACGAGGGGAGGAGCUUGGUUUUUCAGCAGGGAUUUGAUGAAGGCCCUCGUGCAGCCUGGGUCAGGAUCGAGCCGGCUGGCAAUACCUGAAUCCUUCAAAGGGACCCUUCAAAGUCUAUGUCUCCUGCAAAGCCACCGCAAAGCGCUUUGCGCCCUUGACGCCUUUGCUCCUCAUGAUAAAUUAUGAUACAUUGCAUUGGGACGGGCUGGACUGCGACCGUGAGAGGUGGAUGAAGGAGGUAAAGAAACACUGUGGACACCAUGCGUGAGAACAUCUACACCCACAACACCCUGGAUGAGUACAUCCAUUUGGGCUAUCAGCUCAUGAAUGAUUAUCCAGACGUGGCCGGACAAGUCAUGGCAGUUGCAUCUACGGUUUCAGAGAUGAUUGAUUCUGAUGGAAUUCGCAAUGUAGCUGAGGGAGCUGCAGAUCGAGUCAAGGACUUUGUGAAUUACGACCAGGUUCAGAGUGUCACAAACAAGGUCAAAGAUAUCAUGGGUAGUGAAGAGGCUCAGGAAAUGGUAAACCAAGUUGGCAAAUUUAUGAAUCAGGCCAAAUCUUGGUGGGGAUGAGUCCCACUAUAGGGAUAAGUUCCAAACCAGGUGUCACGUGAUUUCCAAAGGAAAUUAGAAAUUGAACGCACACCUUUCGCACCAAAGGGGCACGAGCAAGAAGCUUGACUCUUAGGGGCGCGCGAAGCAUGCGAUCAAGGAAGCUGAUGGCUGAUGAUGCUGUGAAAAAGCUUAACGGAAAGAAUGCUAGGAAUCUUGCACGCUUUGCUGCUUGUAUGAACAUGAAACUGGCUAUCAGCUUGCGAAAGUCCGCGGAUUCAUUGAAGAACUUGAUUGUCGCAGUUUCUGUUUAGGAUGGGUGGGGAUGAUGCAUCUUGGCUCGCAAGAAUCGAUCUCAAAACUUGGGCCGAGAGAGGUAUUCAGAAUGCAAGAAAGCAAUCCUAAUUAAUGCCCUGACAUGAACUAUCGUCUUCGUGCUUAUUCACAGUUGUCCAGUGGAGUAAAGUAACAACUGCGGAUCUUAAAAGAUACCGAGCGAACCUGUUGGGAACAGUGUGAACUGCAAAGUCGGUGGGGGGGCACUCAUUCGCACUCGAGCUUCCAAAGUUGGAUGGUUUGAAAGGGUUUGAUGAGAUAAUGACGAUUAAUGAUCAAUAAUUGAUGUUUAAUUUUUAAUGAUGUUUGAUGUGGUGCUGUUGUAUGGUCACUACUUAUUGCAAACAUGACCAAAUUUGUGGGUCCAGGUCCAGUUAUUGGCGAAGCUGACGCUGAGAAGCUGACAUGGAUCGAACAAAAA